GCUGCCGGGCGAGAGUCCCGCUCCAACCAUGCGCCUCCGAAGCAGCCGCAUGCUCCUGAGAGAUCCCGGGCGAGGGCUGCUGACCUGCCGGCAGCUUUGUGGAGAUCGGAGCCGAGGGCCAGCGCGGAAUACCUGGCAGACCCCUUAGAAACAGCGGGGCAAAAAGCCUUCUUUUGGAUGCGCAGCAAGAGGGCUCCUUGCGUACCCCGAUCUCUCUCCCAUUCGUUGUCCCCACCGCCACCUCAACCAAUACUUAUUUUGUUCCUACUAACAGUAUAGGGGAGAAAGGCAUACUUGGAACAGCGGCCGGAAGAGGCAUACGGGCAUUUCGGACCUAGAGCGGGACAUGACAAGUAAAAGGAACAGGGAGCCCACGUGAUCAGAAUGAAAGAGUUGAAAGAGUUUCCCAAUCUUCUGCUGGUUGUACUCUGCGAUUAUGUUCUUGGAGCAAUGGAAUAUCUUCUGCUAGAAGAACCAACUCAUAUAGCUUUAAGCAAUAGCACCAUCUCGCUUGAGUUCCACCGUUAUUAUGGUGGGAAUGUGACACUGAAAAAUACUUCUGUCUUGCUGCUAGAAGCCGCCACCAACCAAACAGUUGCAAAAAAACAGCUUUCACCAAACCAGUUCCAAGAUACUGUUGUAUUUGAAUGUUAUCAUUUUAAGAGCGCUGGGAGCUACUGGUUCAGAAUGGUGUCUGAAAUCAGCAAUGGGACCGAUACACAGUGGAAUGAAGAGAGUGUUCCUCUCCAUGUGGAGUGGCCGGAGUUUCAUAUCGAUCUAAGGAGGACCUCAGAGAGACUUGGGAAUUCCCUUCAGCUUGGGCUGUUUACCAAUGAAUAUUUAUGUCCGAUGAAUAAGACGGCGAUUUCUCUGGAUGUAAUACUGACUAGCGGCUUAUAUGAUUUGGGAAAAUUGAUUUCAAAUGAGACUCUAGGAUUGAGAACUCGCAAAGAACUGUCUCUUUCUAGGUCUCAGUGGGUGACUGUUGACUGCCAUGUUGUUGGACAGGUAGUGUAUAUGGCUGCCUUGCUGAAAUUGGCAAGGACCCAUUCAGUCAUUGCUUCAACAGGACCUGUAGACCUUGGGCACCGAUUUGGAUACAAGGUGAUUGUAGUGCAAGAAACGACGUGCGAGUCUUCAGUUGUGGUUUCAGUCAUUCCUCCUCCAUGCACUUCUGCCAGGGGGCACAUUGCUGUGUUCAAAGAUCCUCCUGGGACUCUGAGUCAAAAGGCAAGGAUACACGAAAGCAUCGUGAACCCAGAGGAUAACCAGAUAGAAUUCAAUUGUACUCUGUUUGACGAGGGAACAAAUAAAUACUGUUUUGAGUUCCGUCAUUCAAGCCGAACGGAGUCCCCACCACGAGCAAAAGAAUGCAUGCUUAUUCUAAGGAAUAUAGGACACUGGACGCUUUGGCAGGCUUGGAGUCCAUGUAGCGUGACCUGUGGGGAUGGUGUCCGUGAGCGUUAUCGUGAAUGUCUAGCAUCAUUCCCGGUCCUGCUAAAACAAGGUUGCAAUGGGAUACAUCAGGAGAUUUCUCCAUGUUCUUUGGAGGAAUGCUCUACCACCAAGUCUACACCUCUCACUUCUCUGCACCCUGAAGGCAGCCAGGGAGCUAAUAAUAAUCUAGUAACUAUUACUGGCAUAUCUCUGUGCUUGUCCAUAAUCUUUGCCACCGUCCUUAUCACUUUAUGGAGGAAGCUUUGUAAGUCCCAGAAGUGUUGCACCCCUGUGCGCUGUGAUUCUGUCCGCUCGUCUAGCUUUCGGAAGAAUUCUGAUGAGGAGGAUAUCUGCCCAGAGAGGCAGCAGCGAGAGAGCUUUUCUGAGGGAGGAGAAGCCCCUUGUUCAGAACCUCUUGAGAUCCCCUUGAAUUUCAGGAGAAGCCUUCAUUUUUCUCCAGAAGAACAAGGAGGAACAGCUUCUUGUACUGAGAGCUUUCAGGCCAAUGCUCAAAAAAUAAUCCCCCCCAUUUUCAGCUAUCGCCUCGCCCAGCAGCAGCUGAAAGAAAUGAAAAAAAAGGGUCUCACAGAAACAACCAAGGUUUAUCAUGUUUCCCAGAACCCUCUGACUGAGACCACCAGCACAGAAAGCCAGGAGGCAGUGGUGGGGGCAGCAAACAAGUUUAGAAUCAAGUCUCCUUUUCUGGAGCAGCCACUCAACGCUCUCAACACAUCUGGGGACAGGCCAUGUUCUAGGAUGGAUUUUACAUUUUCACGGGCCAACCCUAUCCUGAGCCCUAGCCAGUCCUUAAUUCGUCAACUAAGGUAUCAAGAUGGAGGCGAGCAGUUAGGAACAGGCUAUCCAAGAUGCUCACAGUUCCGACGGACAGCAAGUUUUCAUGAAACGAGAAAAGCCAAGCCGUUCAGAAAGAGGAGCAUGUCUACCCUUCCACCACGUCAGCCCGCACUCUACCCUUGCAGAGUUAGAACAUGGGACCAUGUUCCCGAUGUACAGCGUCAACUUAAAUCUAAAGACGUAACUGAGAAUCCAGAAGAGCUCCACCUGUAUCACAGCAUUGCUUCAGCUAAUGAACCUCUGACCUAUGAGGCACAGAGUCCCCACAAAUGGGAACCUUCUGGAAAGAAGUCAGAUCUGGUUAAUAGUCGUCAACCUGCACCCCAGGUAUUAUGUGUUGAUAGAUCAGAGCAGAAGAGAAACAAGAAGGUCCCCUUUCAGAACCACAGGGAUGUUGGGAGGAAAGAGCCUUCUAUUUUGGCUGUCAGAGAGAACCAGCAGAGAGCUAGUACUCUGAGCCCUACCCAGUAUAGAAAGAGCAAAUGCCAGAGCUUCCCAUUGGAUCCCAAAUACCACUUUUAUGACAACACUUCUUUUGGUCUCACCGAAUCAGAACUGCAGAUGAUUGAUCUGCCUGGAUAUUUUGGCUCAAAUGAAGACGGCGAAACGAGUACUCUCAGCAUUGAAAAACUGGUGCUCUGAACAUCAUUACAGUGACACAGAAGAAUCUGUGGGAUGAUGUGAAACAUGGCAGAUGACUUUAAAAAACAAGGCAGCCAUGGGACUAAAAUUCCAUCUCCAUAGUGAAAAUGGAGGACCCAAUUAUUACUGCUAAUGUACACCCAGGUGUUUUGGAAAAGGUGGUGAAAACUGAUACCGAUAUACAAAUAAGCUCCAAAUUCUACUACUGCAUUGCUGAAUUCACUGCCCCAGUCACAGUUGGCUUAGGAACUGGUCCCAGAUGCUGCUUUGCACUUAUAGGAUUGGGUUCCAGGGCCCAAGCAGUAGUCUGACCCAACACUACUUACUACAGCCACUAUCUGCAAUAGUUAUCCCUCUUCCUCCCAGUUCUUCUCAUAAGCUAUUGGAAAGUACUGAUUCUCAGAAGCCCGUCAGAAUAACCAUGGAUCCCUGUUUUGUGCAUCUAUGUCUGUGGUACAUUUGUAGUGAGAUUAUAGUAACAUUUGAGGAACACUGGACUGCUUUGCCCUCAUGUUGUUAAGCAGUGGAUGCUCCUUUAUGUUAACAGUAAUUGACUCCCUAGAAAAUAAACCAGUUUGCUAGUCUUCCAACUUUAGCAAAGCUCUACUUCCCAGGGCUUUUUCCCAGCUGGAACGCAGUGGAAUGGAGUACCUCUUGA